CAACAAGUAAACGCUUAAGCGCUUCGUGGAGCAGUUUCUCGAUUGGCACGAAUUCACGUUCUCACCCUCGUGGCGCCAAAAGAGAGUCCCGUUCAAUAUCUUACAGCGAAGGAAUUUCACAAAAUCGACCGAUAAAUGAGGAAUAGUUGAACCACUCCUCUGUGAUGAAAAACGAUUCUUCGAUUUGGUUUUCUUCAUCGACGUUUUUGCUGUUGUUGUUGCUCUCUUGGAUCGUUCUUGCAGGAAACGCAUCAGCUCACUUUUGCGCCCAACAAGACGAUCCACUGCUGAUGGCGUCCACACUUGGAGGCGUGCACGAUUCUCAGGGAGCUUCCAACUCAGCCGAUGUCGAUGAACUCGCUCGUUUUGCCGUUGAUGAACAUAACAAGAAAGAGAAUGCGCUUCUUGAGUUUGUGAGAGUGGUGAAGGCGAAAGAGCAGGUAGUAGCUGGUACACUGCACCAUCUUACUGUUGAGGUUGCUGAUGCUGGUAAAAAGAAGCUGUAUGAAGCUAAGAUCUGGGUGAAGUCAUGGAUGAAUUUUAAAGAAUUGCAGGAGUUCAAGCAUGCAGGCGAUGCCCCCUCGUUUUCUCCUUCUGAUCUUGGUGCAAAGAAAGGUGAUCAUCCUCAGGGAUGGCGAGAAGUGCCACUACAUGAUCCCCACGUUCAGGAUGCUGCACAGCAUGCUCUUCGGAUCAUUCAGCAGAGGUCUAAUUCUCUACUCCCCUAUGAACUGCUGGAGAUCGUACAUGCAAAGGCAGAGGUGAUUGAAGAUGCUGCAAAGUUUGAUUUGCUCCUAAAGCUCAAGAGAGGGAGUAAAGAAGAAAAGUUCAAGGUGGAGGUCCACAAGAACAAUGAAGGUAACUUCCUUCUCAAUCAGAUGGUGCCAGAUCAGUCCUAACACAAUAAAAUAAAAUAAAAUAAAAUAAAAUACGAGUGAGUUGAUGUAAUGAUAGAAUAUUUGCAUUUGCUUCCUUUAAAGCUGUAUCCCAUGCAAACUUUAACCUUUCCUUCUGAACCUUUGUGACUUGUAUCUCCUCCGCAUAGAAUGCUAUAUGAUAAAAUAUGGAGCCACCUGUUUAUUAGGUAUUGGAUC